GAAAAAUACUGAUUUAUUUAGACUACAUAUUUUUUGCAUUAUCGCAUAAAAUUGUUUUCAACUCCAGAAUGCCCAUACGGAUUCGGAGGUUAAUAGGGGAAUUUGAGUAGAUAAAGCUGGCAGCUCGACGAAUGUCUCUGCUGGUCUCAAAUACAAUUCUCAACGCUCGGAGCCGAGUACAAAAAGAACCAGAAUGAGUUAUACAUUGAGCUCUGAUAAGCAUUGUAGCACCCUUAUGAGUGCUUUGAAUAAAUUUAGAGAAACAAAGAAAUUUCAUGAUGUAUGCUUCCUAGCAGAUUCAGAAAGACUGUAUGUCAACAGAACUAUUUUAGCUGCAUACAGUCCCUACAUGGAGCACGUACUAAAUGAUUUGAACAAUACUACAGUGGUGUUUGUAGCCCAUGGAAUUUCUGCAAAAACUAUGAACCAGUUGAUAGAUUUUAUGUAUCGAGGAGUUAUCAGCAUUGCUCAAGAGGAUGUUAUGCCCUUGAUAAAUGCAGCAAAGAUAUACCAUAUUGUGGGACUCAAAGACUGUGCAAAUAGUGAAGGAUCAUUGGGGAAGGCAAGUCAUCAAGGACAAUUCAACUGCACCACACCACUACAUCCACGCCAUCUCCACACCCAGACCUACAUCGAUCCACCACUGCAGAAAAUUCCACCCUCGUCAUUAACAGCGAGCCAGCUUUUCUCCCAUUGUCCAGCCCAAGUGGUAUCCUCGCAGCCCUUGGAGCAGACAGGUUCUGCCAGCACAUGCUGUUCUCAUAUCUGUGCUUCUGCACGUGUCACCAUCACUUCUAAGCCAGCUGCUCCACCUAGCACAUCUUUUGCACGUGAUAUCGUGCUGGGCUCAGGUAUCUCCAUCACCCCCACAUCAGUGGAGCCAGCCACUUCGUCUUCAGGAUUGUUUCAGUGCUCCCCCAACUCUCAUCUCCAUCAACAGCACAUUGGCUCACUGGCAAAAACAUUUCCACCCCCAGUUUCAGAUAUCAGCAGACAAAACCAUGGAGAUGCUGAGUCCUCUGCCAUUGUGGAACCCAUGGCAGCAUCCAGCAGUUCUGUGCCUACUGAUCAUUUGCCCUCCCAAAGUGCCACAGUUCUACUCUCUGCAUCGCAGGUUACAACAUCUUGUAGCUCUGCACCUGCAACCACUACACAGUCAGUCUCUUCUGCCAGUUCUACUACCUCGCAAUCCAUCUCCAACCGGCCUCAUAGCAAGGACUCUGAAAACUGUGAAUCACCAUCUGUGCGUGUCUCCAUACACAGGAAACGCUCUCGCAGCCCCCAUAAAAUACAAAUAUGCCAAACUUCCCCUGCCCCUUCUGAAAGAAACGAUAACAGUGUUGCUCCAAACACACAAGCUUCUGACUUAACAAUUGAACUCGAAGAACUAGGAACCAAUAUAAAGAAAAAUAGUUCUAGCUCUUCAGAAGGGGAAGAUAUUAUCAAUGAAGUACUCGCUUUAGCUGACAGUGUGUUACCUGCCGCUUCCACCCCGCUGGUCAAACGAACAUCUCCAAGAAGAACGGGAUUAAGUGGUCCCUUUGCACGCCGUAGUCACUCAUUUCGUUACCCUGGCAUACAGAGAAAUGUGUCACCUUUGGGAGGAAGUUCCAAGCCCUCUAAUAACCAGUUGCCAGCAGAAGCUACUUCUCCAAAAUCGAAAGUGAUUGUGAGAGAGCAGUAUCGUGGUGUUCAUCGACCUCCUGGCCGAAGACGUGGUAAACCUCGCUAACUUACUUAGCGAAAAAGUAAUAGUCUUGGCCCAAUCUGGUACAAUUGAUAUCUAGUGGAGAGCAGACUUGGGUCGAGUGGAAAGCAUCAUGAUCUGCAGAAUCUCAGUAUAAAGAGUAAAGUAUUGGAAUCUGAGAAGAUAAAAAAUAAUGAAAGAACUGAAGAAGAUGAAAUGUUUUGAAUGUGAGUUUGAUUCAAAAUAAAAAUUUUUAAGUGGUUUCUUUGUAUGUGCCUAACCCUGCCUAAUUUCUACCUCACUAAUUCCCGCUAUACUACGAAGCAUUUUACAUUUGAAUUUUUUAAUAUAUUCUUAUUCUUAACUCGUAAUAUAAAAAGUUCUUCUAAAAAUGUAGGCUUCAGUAAUGUGGUGUUUUAAGAUAUGUUAUGCCAAUUUAAAAAUUAAAAAGUUAAUAUAAUAUUUGUUGUUAUGUAGGUGAGUGGGAUUUGAAAGUUAGAAACCACUUGAAAUGUUACUUUGUCAAUCAUUCAUCAAAUGAUUUUAUUUCUUUAUGUUAAGAAGGACAUUCUAGCUAAGCUUAGAUGAAGUUCAAUACAUAUAAAAAUAAUAAAUACAUACAUUGAGAAAAAUGAGCCAUCUUUCCAUUCCACUCUCAGGGUUAAAGCAGUUUUGACCUACGGUGAAUCAUUCAUCAUAAAUGCGUGUGGUUGUUUAGCCAUGAUGUAUGUUGGUGCAUUCAUCUCCAUACAUUCAUGUUUGUGUUCAGUGUUUGUAUGGAUACAAACUAUAAAAUGAUAGUGUAUUGUAAUGCUGACAUAUGAUAACAUGUGAUGGAUACUAGAGGCAUUGAAUCUUCCUUAUUUACAUCACUAGCUUCCAUAUUAUUGCACAUCCAUGAUCUCAUCACAGCCUCAUCACACCAUCGAUGUACUGUGUUGUGUAAUUGAGUUGUUUGUCUCAAGAAAGUUAGUGUGUUAGAAAAUUACUGUUAUCAUGGAUUAGUGUUGUAGAUAAAGGAUGCCCUUGGAACACUAACAUCUAAAUAAAAUUAAAAAGGAUUUGAGUUGAGAAUUAUGCAGAACUUUGAUUGAAAUUAUAGGCUUUUUAAUGUUUGUGUGAUAAGACGUGUGUUUCUGAUUAAAACACCAUUUGUUUGUUAAGAAACAAUAAGUAUUGCUUCUGAUGUUUUUAUAUGUGUAUGUCUGACUGGUAAUGUUUUUGUGAAUGUCUGACUACGUUGUCAAACUGUCUCUGUUUAACACAAUGCAUCACCUAUAAUUUAUAGUAUCAUUCUGUUUUAUAUAUGUUGGUAAAAUAUGAAACCGAACAUCAACAAUUAGCCCUAACAAAGUAUCAAUGUUUUUUCUUGUCUUGGCUGCAUUUCAAAGGGCAAAAAGAAUCUAUGAAAAUGUUGUAGUUGUGAAGUCAAGUAAUACUAUUGCAAAUAAAAUAAAUAUUAUCUGGUAAUCAUUGUAAUAGAAAUCAUGUUCUUUCAAGAUGAAGGCGGCUCCACAACACCCACACCACCAAAGGCGAC